AUGGCACUGAGCGAAAAUUGCAAAACACAACCUGCAAAAGAGCAAGGUUCCGUGCAAAACCCUCCAUCGGAUGUUAUUGAGCUAAACGUGGGUGGACAGGUGUAUUACACUCGCCAUGCCACCUUGACAAGCUUUCCAAAUUCUUUACUUGGGAAGCUGUUCUCUAACAAGAAGGGGUCUUCUAAUGACUUAUCCCGGGACCUCAGAGGACGCUAUUUUAUCGACAGAGAUGGCUUUCUGUUUCGGUAUGUAUUGGAUUACCUUAGAGAUAAGCAAGUUGUCCUCCCUGACCACUUCCCCGAGAGAGGGAGGUUGAAAAGAGAGGCGGAAUACUUCCAGCUGCCAGAUUUGGCCAAACUUUUGUCUUCCGAGGAUUCAAAACUGUUUCCAGACGACUUGUACUACAGUGAUUUCGAUGACGCGUCGCAGGGCAGCGACCAAAGGUUUUACCCAUCUUACUCCCUGGACAGGAGGUACGGCUACAUCACGGUCGCUUUCAAAGGCGCUUGCGCCGGGGGAGGCAGAGAAAGUCAGAUUGAUGUCAAGGCCAAAAAGUUACCGAGGAUCUUCAUCAGCAGUAGAAUUGGCUUGGCGAAAGAGGUGUUUGGAGAUGCCCUGAAUGAGAACAGGGACUCGGACAGACCACCAGACCGUUACACCUGCAGGUUUUACCUCAAGUUCAGACACCUGGAGAGAGCUUUUGACAUGCUGUCAGAGAGCGGCUUUCACAUUGUGGCCUGCAAUUCGUCCCUGACUGCGUCCUCCAUCGGUCAUUACGCGGAUGACAGGGUCUGGUCCAAUUACGCACAGUACAUCUUCUACCGUGGGCCCUCAAGGUGGUUGUCCUCCCACUGUGACUGCUGCUGCAAGAGCCACAAAAGCGAUCGCGAGGGAGAGAGUGGCACGUCCUUCAACGAGCUCUCCACUUCAUGUUCUGAGACCCAGUCGGAGGCCAGUUCCCCUCAAGGCACAGUGAUUUGUGGCCCUGUGAGCCGGCACUCCAACAUCCAGACGCUGGACCGUCCCAUGCCCAAAGGACCAGUUCACAUGCUGCAGCAGGCAGAGAUGCGCCGCAAGACUGACAUGCUCCGUGUGAGAACCUUCGGGGUCCGAGAACGAGAGGCUGCAAAGAGGAAAGCCAACAAGGAGAAGAUGACUCCAGAACAGGAGCUGGAGAAAUGCAUCCAGGACUUCCGGCGCAUCAGGAUUCCUGAUCACUUUCCGGAGAGGAAGUACAUGUGGCAAUCAGAGCUCCUGAGAAAGUACCGUCUCUAA